AGAGGGGGAUCAGUUCCAGUUGAUAUAAGCCUGGAUGAAGAGAGGGAGGAAAUAACUUAAUUGCUUUAGUUCAGCUGGAGUGGAGAGCAAAGAAUCAGUGUCCCUUUAUUUGGAAUUCAGCAAGAAGGUCGUGUUGUUGGUGAGGACAGAUCCCCUGCAGGUUCUGUGGAGGGGCGAUGCCGGCGGGCGGCCGGGCGCUGCUGGCGCUGCUGGGGCUCCCGGCGCUGCUGGCGCUGGGCUGCGCCGCCCACACCCACACCGAGCCCGGGGGCGGCCCGGCCCCGCGGCCCGGCCCCGCCUGCCCCCGCGACUGCGGCUGCAGCCAGGAGGGCGUCGUGGACUGCGGCGGCAUCGACCUCAAGGAGUUCCCGCUGCUGCUGCCCGAGCUCACCAACCACCUGUCGCUGCAGAAUAACCAAAUAGAAGAAAUCUUUCCAGAAGAACUUGCUCGUCUUUACAGACUGGAAACUCUCAAUCUGCAAAACAACAGGCUGACUUCAAAAGGGUUGCCAGAGGAAGCAUUUGAACAUCUGGAGAACCUGAAUUAUCUGUACCUGGCAAACAAUAAGCUAACAGUGGCUCCGAAAUUCCUACCAAAUGCCUUGAUCAGUGCAGAUUUUGCAGCCAAUUAUCUCACUAAGAUAUAUGGGCUCACAUUUGGACAGAAACCAAACCUGAGAUCUGUGUAUCUUCAUAACAACAAACUUUCAGAUGCUGGGUUACCUGAUAACAUGUUCAAUGGCUCUGCUAAUGUGGAGAUACUCAUCAUGUCCAGCAAUUUCUUGAAGUAUGUUCCAAAGAACCUCCCUCCAGCACUGUAUAAAUUACACUUACAGAGCAACAAGCUGGAGAAGAUUCCCAAAGGAGCCUUCAGUGACCUCACAGGUCUGCGGGAGCUGUACUUACAGAACAACUACCUGUCUAAUGAGGGGAUGGACAACGAAACCUUCUGGAAAUUGUCUAGUCUUGAAUACCUGGAUUUGUCCAGCAAUAACCUCUCACAAAUCCCAAGUGGUUUACCUCGAAACAUCGUCCUCCUCCACCUGGAGAAGAAUGCAAUUAAGGUGAUUGACAGAGAUGUGCUGACCCAAAUUAAGAACCUGGAGUACCUUCUGCUCCACAAUAACAAACUAAAAGCCCGAGGGAUUCACCCAUUAGCCUUCCAGGGCUUAAAAAAGCUGCACACUGUCCACCUGUACAACAACAUGCUGGAAAGGAUUCCCAGUGGGCUGCCCCGGCGCGUCAAAACACUUAUGAUCCUUCAUAACCAGAUCUCUGAGAUCAACAGGAAUGACUUUGCUACCACUUACUUCCUUGAAGAGCUGAACCUGAGCUACAACAAGCUCAAAAGUCCCCAGAUCCAUCGGGAGGCCUUCCGUAAGCUGAGGCAGCUAAAGUCCUUGGAUCUUUCUGGAAACAAUCUCCACACAGUCCCCUUUGGCUUUCCAAAGAACUUGCAGGUCCUGAAGCUGAAGGAGAACGAGAUAAGCAUCAUCCCAAAAGGGACUUUGUCUGGCAUGACAAAACUGCGGGAACUCUAUUUGAGCAACAAUAAACUGAAAGUAAAUUCAAUUUAUUCAAGAGCUUGGAGAGAACUCAGCAGUCUCCAGUCACUAGACAUGGCUGGCAACCAGCUGACCUCCAUCCCACUGGGCCUGCCGGAAUCUCUGGAAUAUCUGUAUCUCCAGAACAACAAGAUCACAACGGUUUCAGAGCAUGCUUUUGAAUCCACACCCAAAAUAAAGGGGAUUUACCUCAGGUUUAAUAAGAUUGCAGUUGGAGCACUGAAAGAAAGUACCUUCCAAAGCCUAAAGCACUUACAGGUACUGGACAUUGAAGGGAACCUUGAAUUCAGCAACAGUUCAAAGAAUAAGGAUGAUUCAGAAGAGGAAAUGGAAGAUGAGGAAGAGGAAGAAGAACUGAGAUAAAAUGUGAACUCACACAAUCACACCACGUGGGAGGAAAACAUAUGGAAAAUUACAUAUAUGUCUAUGUGUAUAUAUCUCUCUAGAUAUACAGAGAACACUUAGCAGAACGUGCAAUGAAUUCCACAGGAACUGUCGUGGCACUGAGCCAGGCUCAUGGAAGACAGUGUGUUACAGUGCCUUAUUCAGGGAAAGACCCUGAAUGCCUUUCCAAAGCUUCCAGAUCAUCUUAUACAAGACCCAGGAUCAUAAGGGAUUGCUCGGGAACUCACAAAAGCUGGCUUUUGUUUCUUCUGUUUCUCUUCCUUCACUGUUUCCAUCUGUAAUAUGGGACUGUUUUCAACACGUGCCUUCAAAUGCCAUUUUUGUCACUGCAUUUUAAGUGAACCAUGUGUAAGCUUCUUUUCUUUCCCUCCACCCCAGAGAAGCUGUUGGUGAUCAGGCAAGGUGAACAUUUGCGGUAGUUUCAUGUGUGGAGCAGUGUUAUGAGGCAUUUUGGUCAUCAAGCAACACUAAUAAUUCUGGAUGCAACUAUUCCUCUGUUAUAACAAUGUGUAUAUUUGGAUGAGAAAAACAAAGUAAGGCUGGAUCCCAUAAUAUUUUAUCUCUACUGCCAAAGCCUGCAGUAUAUUCCUGUUUUAGAAAGGUUUUAAGAUAAAACUAUUUCUCUUGUGAAUAUAUAUAUAUAUAUAUAAAAUCUGUAUGUCUGCCUUCCAGA